CUGGGUAACACUAGAUAGUGUCCGGGUGAGGUGAGAGGUGGCGCCCCCUCCUCCUCCCCCGCUGUCCCGUGGUGACCUCUGCGGCUCCGUCAUUGCUCCUGUACUCAGCCCCCUGUAAUGUGAGCCGCCGCCGCCGCCGCUCAGCACGUUAUUUCCGGUAAUGCACAUUACUCAAUCUGUACAACAAGGAAGAAGCGCUCAGCCAGUGUCCUCCGUGUACUAAGGAGGGCCUGACCCCGGGACCAUUACAUAACACAGAUAACACAGCGCCCCCUCCGGAGGUGACAGGAGUGACCCGGCAACCUUCACUGCCCAGAACACACAGGAGGCUCUCCUCACAUGUCUGCACAGGGCAGAUGUUAAUGCUGAAGACUGUCCCUCCCAGGUGCCGUGGUUACUGUGAAUUCACCUAGUCCCCCGAUUCUAGGAACCCAUAUUUUGUUUGCCAAACUGGAACCCCCCAAAUACAAAUGUACAGGGUGAAAUGGAAAAGCAGCAGCUUUCGGUGGAUGAUGACCUCCUACCUAUAUAUUAUGUUCGACCUGACAUAGCAACUGGUAACUUUCCUAAAGUUUGUCAGGAACACAAGGCUUUGACAUACGGAGCUGACGCCAAUCCAAGUCCCAUGUUGAACCAUAACUCAGAGACUAGCGGGAGGUCCAUGCUGAACAAACAUGCUCACACAGAUCAAGAUGGCACCAAAGACUUUGGUUUCAUCGAAGGUACUAACGCUGAGACCUAUUUGGAACCCUGUGAGGGAGUCCAGCUUGAUUCUCAGGUAUCCACGAUACAUAAACUCACCGAAACGACGGCCCAAGUCAACUCCUUGCCCAAGAGCAGCUCAGCUCAGGACGUCUUUUUGGCCAGCAUAUUGCAGGCACAACUAUGCAUGAUGGAUCUUCAAGACGAGAUAGACAAUUCUGGAAAAUCCGCCCCUAGCAGCAGAAUACUGCUAUCUAAACCUCACAUUGAGGUCGAUGCUGUAGAGGCCGAGGAACUUCCAACUUUGGAAGAGGACCAAGAAAGCGAUGAUGCUUCUUGCUCCGAAGUAGAGGUGGAGGACGAGAGCUUAUUCUGUGAUAAUCCUUUGUUCAAGGACUCAACACAUGCCUUUCCUGUGUCUCAGAGUACACAGCAAUGUAUUCCCGUGGGCAGCUGUGAAAAUAAACCUAGCACUUGUGACAGGGCAGAGGCUCAUGGAAGGCAGCUGCUGUUGGCACAGAACGUUUGGGAUAUUAAAGUAUCAGGUACGAGAACAGAUGCGUGGCAUCAGAUAACAUGGGAAGAGUCCCUGGAGGAGCUCCAGAUAUAUGAGGAUGAGUGGGAGGAGAAGAGGGCGUUGUCUGCCAACCCAAGGACCAAGAAAUGGCAAGUCGCUGACAGUCUCCACAGUGCUCAGAAGGAUGUCUUAAGAAGCACAGAAGAAACACAGACUAUGACAGCGUUCGUCUCCACAGCAGGUGCGACUGAAACCACUCCCAGCCAGAAGACCGCUGUGGAAGAACAAGGUUUACUAUUUUCUGAUUCUAGUUUCUGGACCAAAUUGUUAAUAGAAGAUGAGAAAUCCGAGCCGAAGCCUUCACCUUCCCCUCCACCACUACCUUCUAAGACUUUUAUGGACAAUACGUUUACUUCACAAGAAUCAAAAGAGACUGGUGAGGAUAUUGUGCUCCUUCAAUGUCCUGACAGGGACUUGUCUAUAGAAAGCCACAAGGAAGAAGAUGCACAUCUGCUGUGCCAGGGCUGUCAAGGCAAGGAACAUGUGGGCAGUAGAUUACCAGUACAGGGAAUAAAAGAAGAACUGGACAGUGAACCUGCGCAGGGUGCUCCGGAGACUGUCUUAGAGCCAUCAGAUGAUGUAUUUACGGAUCUGGAGACUUCUGGUUCAGAGGAGGCGACUUAUGUGGAAGCCAUAGUCCGGACUCAGGAUGUGGAGGCCGCCCGAUCUUUGGCAUUGAAAUUGUUCAAGCUGGAUGGUUUUGAAAGAUCUCAGGUUGCUCCCUACCUUCAGAAAAAUAAUGACUUUAGUGCCUUGGUGGCCGAAGAAUACCUUGCACUUUUCGAUUUCACAGGGAAAAGCCUGGAUGUGGCUCUCAGGUCUCUGUUGCAAGAACUGGUACUAACUGGGGAAACACAGGAACGAGAGCGGGUCCUCUUCCAUUUCUCCAAACGUUUUCACAAUUGCAACCCCAAGGAUUUCCGAUCCGCAGAUGCUGUUCAUACUAUGACCUGUGCCCUCAUGCUGCUGAACUCAGAUCUACAUGGACAGAAUAUUGGGAAGAGCAUGACAUUACAAGAGUUUAUUAAUAACCUUGAUGGUAUGAAUGAUGGAACCAAUUUUCCUCGUGAACUUCUGAAGAGCUUGUACAUGUCAAUCCGUACAGAGAAGUUGGAAUGGGCCGUAAGUGAGGAAAAGCCGGCAAAUUCUCUCCUUACAAGGCAUGACAAUCUUAUGUCAGUUCGGAAAAAAAGCAAUCCUUUUGUGGAUAUUCCCGCCCCUGAUCCUGAUGCCCCUGUAUACAAACAAGGAAUGCUCUUCCGUAAAGUGCAUGCUGAUAUUGAUGGGAAGAAAACCCCUUGGGGAAAAAGAAGAUGGAAAUCCUUUCACAUUGUACUGAAGGGGAUGCUGCUCUUCUUAUUAAAGGAUGAAUACAGGUUGGACUUCCAGUUCCCUGAGGAGGUGAUCAGCGUGCACCAUUCCCUGGCUGAGCGAGCCAGCGAGUACACCAAGAGACCCCAUGUCUUCCGACUGCAGACCGCUGACUGGCGGGUUUUUCUCUUCCAGGCUCAGACAUCAGAAGAAAUGAACUCGUGGAUCACCCGUAUUAACUUAGUGGCAGCCAUGUUUUCAUCACCACCAUUUCCAGCUGCUGUGGGUUCCCAAAGGAGAUUUUACAGACCCAUCCUUCCCUCGGCUCCGUGCAAACAAGAUCUGGAGGAGCAGCUUCAGGCCCAUGAAUCCUUGAUGGACAGGUUUACAGAUGACCUGACAGAGCAUCAGCGAAAUCUUCCAGACUCAAAGAGCAAAACGCGAGAAUGGGAGGAAUAUCACCUGCGUGGAGACUACUUGCGCUUUGAGAAAUUACGGUACGAAACCUAUGUGAAGCUUUUAGCAUUACGGAUGGAGAACGGCUGUGAAGAUCUAGAGACCUUAGAGUCUCGUCUUACAGAACCUGAUGGAGGACAGGAGAACUCUGGCCUUAAGCGGUCCUAUUCCAGCCCCUCUCUGAACCCAGAGAAUUCUCCCAUGGCGGUGAAGGUCAAACGUAACAUCUCGGAGCGCCGGACAUAUCGAAGGAUUAUUCCCAAACGUAAUAAAAACUUAGUGUGAGUGUAGAACCCAUCAGGAGGGACUUAUGCUGGAACCUGAAUGAAUCUUCCACAAUUUUCAUGGUACCUCACUAUGUGCAGUAUAACAGGGGCCACUUAUUGCCUUCUUAUCCAAUGUGGAAGGAAAAUCUUUCAUUGAAUGCAAGAGGAUAUUGCACACGGUUGUCCUUAAAUUAAGGAAAUUAGUUUCCUUAGACAAGAAGGAACCCUAUGGGAUUCCUAACCAGUAUUGACGGUAUUAUUUGUGUGUGUGUGUGUGUGUGUGUGGAUGGGGGUUAUAAAUAGAGAGAAUGGCAUUUUGGCCUGGUUUUCCCUCUUUUUUUUUUUAGGCAUAUAUGAUCUCUUCAGAUUCUUUAUAGGUCUGUAGACUCAUAUGGACAUGUUAAGGAGCUGGACCCUUCAAGCGAGUUAAGCUUCACUUACAGGCUUUGCCUCUAGAUGGCACUGUUGCACCACUGAGCCCAAGAGCUGUAGACCUAUUGAUCAAUGGGAUUGAAGAAGAUUGUUUCCUCUAUUUACGGAAAAUCACCAGUAAUAAAAUUCCAUUCAGCUGUUUUAGUUAUAUCUGUUUCUGAGAAAGGUGGGUGACAAAAAAGAACUGUUCACAAGCAUUGUCUCUAUCUCUUGAAGAUGUGGCCCUCUCUUGUGUUAGAUGGCCUUGUAAUACAUUCCGCUCUCAUACUAAAGGGGUGGUCUUCGAUGAGACACCCCCUUAAUGGAGGCAACAAAAACUUAUUGGCUGGGCUGAUUUCACCCAGCUUUCCUAGAAACUGAUAUAAGUUGACAGACAUUGAAAAUUCAUGGGUUUAAACUGGUUACUUUUUAGUUCUAGGGAGAAAGAAUCCUUUCAGUGUUAUCCCUUUGCACAGUAGAAGUGAUAACUAGCUGAUUGGUGCGGGGAGAAGGGAGACUGUUGCACGAGUGAAUGGAGGCAGCAUGGAUUUUCGGCCCCAUCUCUAUUAAUUCUCUAUGGGGCUUUAGAACAUUAUUAGGAAGGAGUUCAUCUCUUAGUAUUGCUCAGAAGUUCUGUUGCUCUAUUCACUGAAAAGAUAAUUGUCCACCGUUCUCAUGAUCUAUGGGGGUCCCAGCAGCUGGACCCCCCCCCACCAAUCAGCUAGUUCUCCCCUAUCCUAUGCAUAGGGGAUAACACUAAUUCUUGGGAUAAACCCUUUUAAAGCAGUGAUCUCCAACUUGUGGCAUUCUGGCUGUUGUAGAACUACAAGUCCCAGCAUGCUUUUCCAGCCACAGGUUGUCAUAACAUGCUGGGGGUUGUAGUUUUGCAACAGCUGGAGAGCCACAGGCAGAGUAUCAUUGCUUUAAAAGGUCGUUCAUUCAGUUUUCUCACUCUCAGCUUUAACCUAUAUAGAUGGCUAGAAAAUGUAAGACUGAGACGAAAAGGGAAGUGACAACCAGGAUGUAUGAAGGAGGUUGUGGGCAUGUCGGUAACGGGAUUUGGGUUAGUCAUGAAGAGAUGGUACCCUUGCUAGACUGGAAGACUGGAUUAAAGGGAUCCUGUCACCAUGAAAAUGCUAUCUAAUGUAUCGGCAUCAUAAUAUAGAACAGGAGGAGCUCAACAUUUAUAAAUUAUAAAUAUACUUGGCUUUACCUGCUUUAUAAAAGGGUACUGAUGGAUUAGAUCACUGCUUCCCAAUCUGUGUGCCUCCAGCUGUUGCAAAACUACAAUUC